UCGGCCUGGUUCGCCGCUUGCCGCAUAGCGUCCGCACGUGAAGCGUUCCAGUGCGACGCCGAGCUCGAGUGCGACAUCACGUGCGGCCCCCAAGCUCCAGAGCGGACGACGCGAUUGAUCCGAGGGAUGCCAGUAGACGCGACACCCGGAGAAUCUCCGCUGGUCCACAGCCGCCCGCUCCACGUUCUCUAGAUGGUGCCGCGCGGACCCUCACACACGCCAGAUUUGUACCUUUAGUGCUCUGACAUGUGGAUUAUUACAGUGGAUAAUUUUGUUCAUUGAGUGUUGUGAUCGUUCCAUUCUGUAACUAUUUCACGGAGUUUUGUACAUAACACAUUAUUUUUGAGUUUUUGGUGUGAUGUUGAUCAGUUUUAUGUGAUUGCUGUGCUGUUUUAGUUUAAGGGAUUAUUUCACAAUGGAUAUUAUUUUUGUUACAUUAUGGCUGUUAACGGCGGUGGUGUGUUCUGGAGGCCAACAACAAUACUUUAGGAUCCAACCCCACGACCAAAAGGUGCAAGAGGGUGGAGAAGCGAUGCUGGAAUGUGUUGUUGGAAAUGGUGCUGGACAAGUCCAAUGGACGAAGGAUGGAUUCGCCCUAGGAUUUUCCAAUGUAAUACCCGGUUUCCCGAGGUAUUCCGUAAUAGGAGAUAGAAGACUUGGAGAGUACAAUCUCAGAAUUAGCAACGCAUCGUUAGAAGACGAUGCGGAAUAUCAGUGCCAAGUUGGUCCGGCCAGAUUACACAAGGCCAUUAGAGCAAAUGCAAGACUGAGCGUUAUAUCUCCCCCAUCCACAGUAGAGAUUAUAGACCACAGACACAACUCCAAAAUUGAAAUCAAAGAGAAUCAGGAAUUUCAUUUGGAGUGCCGCGUACGAAAUGCCAAGCCAGCUGCCAAAAUUGUUUGGUACAGAGGAAAUGUAGAAAUGAAUAUUCAUCGGGAAGAUCAAAUCAUUGAAGUGCCUGGGAAAAACAACGAUAAACGUGUAACUCGAUAUGACACUCAUUCGAGGAUUUCCUUGAAACCUACGGCCGAAGAUGACUAUGCAGAAUAUACAUGCGAAGCCAGACACGAAGCACUUUCAAACGAUAUACCCAUGAGAUCUACUGUGCAACUUAGUGUUUUAUAUCCUCCAGGUUUACCCUACAUUGAAGGAUACACCGAAGGUGAGACAAUAAGGAAGGGCCAGACUGUGGAGUUGGUCUGCAGAAGCCGGGGUGGAAAUCCCCCAGCCCAAUUAAUUUGGUAUAAAAAUGGGGAACAAAUUAGAAUGGCAUAUAGAACAGCUGGUAGAGUAUCAGAAAACGUGUACACAUUCACAGCGGACGCAAGCGACAACAAAGCACGAUAUAAGUGUGAAGCCAGUAACAUUAUGUCCAAGAGCCCUCUUAAAGCUGAAAUAGACAUGACUGUCCUAUUUCCUCCAGCCCACGUCACUAUUUCUGGUCCCACUGAAGCGAGAGUAGGCGAUCCCGUGCCUCUGACUUGCACCACUUCCAAUUCCAAUCCUCCAGCCGAAAUUAAAUGGAUGGUUGCCGGGAGACAAGUGAGAAAUGCCACUGCGAGAACAAUCGUAUCGCCAGAAGGAGGAUGGAUCACGACAUCCAACAUCACAGCCGUUGUGGAACCAAACCGCAAGAGUCUGGUGGUGAUUUGUCACGGUGUAAAUAUGCAACUUACUGAGAAUGUGAUUUCUACUCAUACAAUUAACGUUUUAUACCCCCCGGGAAAACCUUUCAUACAUGGCUACACUGGAGGAGCACACAUACCAGCUGGUACCGUACAAAAAAUAUCCUGCACCUCAUCUGGUGGAAAUCCUUUAGCAACUCUGACUUGGUACAAAAAUGAUAAAAAAAUUCACUCAACAACCAAAAGUACUGACAAGUCAGUGAGUUCUGAAAUUACCAUUCUCACAAACGUAACCGACAACGAAGCCAGAUACAGAUGUGAGGCUGCAAAUUCCGCAACAGAAAUACCCUUCUUUGAAACCAUUACAAUGAGCGUAUACUUUCCGCCAGACCAUGUCAAAAUUAGCAAACAACCACAAGAUUUAAAACCAAAUGAGGAAGCGACCUUGAUAUGUGACUCUAGCUCGAGUAAUCCCCCAGCAAAAUUAGCCUGGUGGAGGGAAGGUAUUCCAGUACCAGGUUUAUUUAAUUCUACCAAACCUGGUCUUCAUGGUGGCACGGUUUCUAGUAUUGAACUGAAGCUGAACAUCAGUGAACAACUGAAUGGGAUUGUUUACACCUGCUCCGCUAGAAAUGAAGCGUUGGAACGAUCCGUACAUGAUGCAAUAACAUUAGAAGUGCUCUAUAAACCUGUAUUUGAUAAGAGCAACGAAGAUGCAGUUACUGGAAUUGAAAACGAGCCAUUAAUCAUAACCCUUAAAGCUGAUGGUAACCCAGGCAAUAUAGCAUACACUUGGUCAAAAGAUGGUCUACCCAUAAUUCAAUCUUCUUCAAGCAGUGGCAUGGAAAGGAUAGUUUCAGAUGGACCUGUACUGAACAUCACUCAAUUGAGUAGACAUGAUGCAGGAUUAUACAGCUGUGAGGCUUCUAAUUCACAAGGAAGCAGUGUCACAAAUGUUAACAUAACAGUACAAUAUCCCGCAUCCGUAAUAGCAACAAGCGAAAACGUCAUAGUUAAUCCAAAGGAAGACGCCACUUUGUCAUGCACUGCUGACGGCAAUCCGCUUUCGGAUGAUACGAUUGUUUGGAAAAGAGAUGACUUCCCGGAAUUUGAUGCAAGAACAUCAGUUAUGUAUGAUAAGAAUGGUACAUCAUACUUGAGAAUUACUUCUGUCACCAGAGAUGAUCUCGGGAAGUUCCAAUGUGUGGUUAAUAAUGGAGUGGGAAAUGUGACCGUUAAAGAUGUUAUGUUGAUUGUCAAACAUAAACCAGAAAUUGAUGAGCAACCCACCCUUUUGAAGUUUGCUAGCGAUGCUGGUGAUACAGGAAAACUUAUUUGCAGAAGUCAGGCUUCACCACUUGCUAGGUAUUCAUGGGCAAGGUCUGGUUCACCAAUAACGGCAAACACCACAGGAAAAUACUAUACCACCUACAGACAAGUUGAUAGCUUAAUAUCUGAAUCCACAUUAUACAUUACACAUGUAACAUCAGCAGAUUAUGGUAGUUACGAAUGUGUAGCUAGAAACGAAUUAGGUUUCUCAACAAUUUCUCCACGAUUAGAAGUUACUUCAGCUCCGGAUACACCUACACUUUUAACGGUGUUAAAUGUAACACAUAACUCAGUACUUCUAGGAUGGACUCCUGGAUUUGAUGGAGGAAUGACUUCCACCUACAGAAUAAGAUACAGACUAAUCGACGACGACACCUACAAAUAUGAAGAUGUUCCUGGAAAUGGAACAACUUACGUCGUGAAAGGGUUGGAUGUAAAUACACAGUAUAUAUUUUCUAUCAUGGCAAUGAAUAAACUUGGCAGUAGUAAAUUUAUGCCAGAUUUACUAUCUGCGAGAACUUCAAUGUACACUGGGGAUAAUGUCGAAAAAGUAAUACCUGAGGACCUGAUAGAAAAACAGGACUUGCCGAGGGUUGUAAUUAUUAGUGUGUCCAUUAUUGGGGUUAUUCUCUUAAUUAUUAACAUCGGCUUAGUUGCUGGAUGUAUGCUUAAGAGAAGGGCAAAAAGAAUGAGAGAACAAAAUAACCAAACAAGUAAAUCAGCGACUAUCGAAAUGUAUGCUCCUAGCAGUUACAAUGACACUGUAACGGGAGAAACAUUGUCUUCUGUAAGCGAGAAGAGCGAAACGUAUAGCAAUGAAGGAAGCCACAACGAUUAUGUGGAUGACAGUCGUAAAUUGCCGCCAACCAAUUCGUACAUAAUGGACCAUCACAACCCAAUGGCGGGCGAUUAUCAAGGUGCGUAUCAAGUGUACGAGAUGCAGGUGCCAAUGGGGGGCGUAAGCAUGGCGCACAAGACGCAUACGCUGCCUCAUCCGCACCACCACCAUCAUCAUCCAAUGCAUGACCAGAGGCCCAGGGCGAGGGACGACCAGAGCCUGGGCUAUCACGGUAGCAUGUCAGCCAAAUCUUCAUACGUCAGCGCCCCUUCACCAGCUCCACCAGCCGACGGUUCCUACUAUAACAUGUCGGACCGUUACCUCUCCUACCCGCCACCGUUGGAUUUUCAGAAUCCGCCCCCGGUGCCCGCUCAUCCCCACCUGGGGCAAACCGUGACCCCCGCCACGCCGCCCCUACCCUCAAACGGGUCACUUUUGCGUCACCAAAGGAUAGUGCCGCCGCCUGACGUCCUCCACAACACCAGCCAAAAUCCGCAGAUCCUCCAGGCGCAGAACUUGACUCAGAAACGGGAACUUACCAGUUUCGGUAACGGUUACGGGGUGAACGAACAAGAGGGUCACCUUGUUUGAGAUAUGGACGACGUGCUCUACGUGCUGUAGAUCGGACUGCGGAGGGUGUAGUGCGCGAGUGACCGUUCAUUAUGAGCGAUUGAAUAUCGAACUACGACGGAUAUGUGUUAAUCAAAAUUCGGAUAGACGUUAAUACUCAAUACAUGUGAUUUUAUUAAUUAAUAUAAAGUACUGAGAUCAUUGUAAUAUAUGGUACUGUAUUGAGGAAAGCAUAAUGUUUCGAUCACAUAACUUUCCUUGUUCAGUAUAGUUGCAAACUAAUUAUUUUUGUUGUACAUAUGUCUUGUUGAGUUUUAUUAAGAACUGAUGUAUAAUUUUUUUUAAAAGCAAUAACAUCAAACAUUAUUAUUAUAAAUUAUCUAUCAAAAAUGGACAACGUGUUUAGUAAUAAUUUCUGUACACACCAUAUUCAUAUAUAAAAUAACUUAACUAAUCAACAUGGACAUAAUUAAUGUUGUAUGAAUGUGUCCCAACAUUUUACAUAUUUACCUAGAGGCAAUUUCGGAAGAAUUGCUAACCGAAGAAUACGAACUAUUUUAACUGAUAAUCAGUUGCAUCUACUUGUGAUUCUUUUCAAUAAUCAACUUUAACGAAUUUACUUAAAUGUUCUGUUGGAAUUAUAUUUUACUUUUUUUUGUAAAUAGAAUUAGAUUUAGUUUUUUUUAUUACAUAAAUAUUUACUAGUCCAAACCAAUAACCAAAGUGUUUCUGUCUUAAUUUUUGUAUAUGCGCAUGUAAAAAUAAUUUCUGUGACCGUACUUUUUUCAUUGUACAUUUUGAAAUUCGGCAUUUUUUAUUUAUUUCUGUUUAUUUCUUUAUAUUUUGUUUAAUUGCAAAGUUGUAUUUGUUUAUAAGUUUUGUACAUUAUUAGAAUUUACGUAUUAUUUUUAUUUUUAAGAAUAAAUAUUUUCUUUAUUUCA